AUGAUAAUAAUGAUUGUAUUAGCCACAUUGAGUUGGUGUCAAACAUUUUAUUGUUAUGAUGCAAGCCUGCAAAAACCACCAUUACUGCCCUGUAUUUCAAUAAACAAACAAUGUCAAUUAGGCAAUAAUAUUUUAUUAAUUAUUAUUCAAUCAUUAGGGCCAGUAAUUAUUAUGACUGUAUUUAGUCUUCUUACACUACGAAAUGUUCAAAAUUCUGGCAGUAUAGUUAUGCCAAGUGCUUUGUCUUCUACCAGAAGUACACCAAUACGUGCAAAAGAUAGGCAACUCAUAACAAUGCUUUUGUUUCAAACAGCACUAUUCGCUGUUUGUACUGUGCUCGUACCAUUCUACAAUUUUUAUAUGUAUUUAACAUUUCAUACCAUUAAAUCGAUAUAUAGAUUGACAAUCGAAAACUUUAUUUUGCAAUUAUGCAUAUUUUUUACAGUUACACCAUAUGCAACUGCCUUUUAUUUAUAUGCAAUAUCGGGUGAAAUAUUUCGACGUGAACUACGAAAAUAUUUUGUAGAAUUAUGUAGAAAAAUUGGUAUACAAAUGAGACUACCGGUAGAAAAUACAACAAUACGAUUAGUAGCACAAGCCAUUCGACGCAUUCCACGUACAAUUGAUCACUAUUAG